AUGUUUCUCUAUUUAUUUUACUUCUUUGUAACUGGACUUGGAAUAAAAGAAAUAUAUAUUAAUUAGGAUUACUUUUAUCAAGGAAAAUUUUACAAUUUGGAGGAUUCUGAAUACAGCGUGGUGUAAGAGGUAGAACAAGGAACUCUGUUAUUUCAAAUUACAAAACCUGACUGUUAGAAAUAUCUUUAGAUAGAAUUAAUAUUCACAACACCAACUGAUGGUGAUGUCAAUUCGUAGUUUACAAUUAAUCAAAACAGUCCUCCUUCGGUUUUAGGCAACAAAAGUUUAAAUGCUACAUAUACUGAUAUGAAUGGUGAUUAUCUCCACAAAAGCUAUCAAAACAUAGUCAUACCCCCACUUUCCUAUAAAUAAGGUGAUAAAUUUUACAUCACAAAUUUAAUAAGGGAAGAAGGGAAAACUUAUUCAUAUAAGAUAAGAAUAUCACAAAGCAAUGAUGUUCCUUGUCCUAACAAAUGCACAUCAGAUUCUUUAGGCUCUUGUUAAUUUGGCUCAUGUUCAUGUAAAUUAAAUAGAGUCGAUUUGGAUUGUUCCAAGAUGGCUACUCCCAUCUUGGUAGACAAUAAAAUGGAAAAUGUGACAAUAAGUGGAACACAGUAUUUCUAUUUUCAACAAAAGACUUAGUUAGAAACUAUUUAAUUAGAUUUAGAAUUCAAAAAUGUACUGUUUUCUUAACAUUCUUCAAUCUUUGUAUAUAUAAUGUUUGAAAAUUUUGUCUAUGGAGUUGCUACCUCCUAAUUUAAUAAUUACACCUACUCCCUUUCUCAAGAUUCUACAACCUUAACAAUAUCAGACAUUAUACCUGUUAAACAAUUAAAUCAUAACUAAGAUUUAUAGAGGUUUAAUCGCCUUUUAUUAACAUUUGUUGUUCCUGGUACAAGUGAUCUUAACAUUAAUAUCAGCCUCCCAUCUCCAGACGCUGGAGCGAAUAUAAAUUAGAUUCUUAUUUACCUCUUGGUAUCUCUAGCUGCCAUCUUAGUGCUUACAUGGAUUAUAAUUACUCUGAUCAGAUGUAGAAGAAAUAAUAGAACUAGAAUAUUUCCAUUUCCACAAUAAGCACCUCUGGAGAUAUAAAAAUAGUAAAUCAAUUUAGAAUAAUUUGAUUAUUAUAUGGUUAAAAUUCCCUGGUCUUAGUUAGAUCAUCACCCAUUUAUUAUAGAAAAGAAGAUUGACUAUAACUAAUUUGAAGGUUGUAGUAUUUGCUUAAGUGAAUAUGGUAAAGAUUCAGUAUGUAGAGUUACACCUUGUAUACAUGUAUUUCAUGCUGACUGUUUAUUAGAAUGGUUGAAAAAUUAAAAAAUAAAUCCAUCGUGUCCAAUGUGUAGAGAUGAAUUUACAGAAUAGAAAUUAGAAGAAUUUGCAUAGUAAAUGAAUGACUACAAAAAAGCCUAAUAAUAAAAAAAAAAAAGUAUUGUCAGAUAUUAAAAUGAAAAUUCUUUAUUGAUGAUAUAAGAUGGAAUUUAACCGUUGUCUUAAUGA